UGUCGGCUUAAGGCAGUGCGGUGGUGGUGAGUAUGGCGCAUCGUUAGCCGCAGCUAUCUUCUCUCAGUGGAGAUAGCCUUCACCUCUCCCUUCUCCUCGCCCUCCUCUCCCUUGCGGCGGAAAGCAGCAUCUUAUGUUGUCGUAGUAGUAGGAUCCGGUUUGCAGGUACCGAGCCUUCCCCUCGCCUUCCUCCACGGAAAUCGAUGGAUGAACAACCUGAUUGCCUGCCGAUUCAUAGUAAGGAAAUUUUGACUAGUGAUGGUGUUAAGCUGAACAAGAAAAGGAAGCUACAAUAUGCUCUUGAGAAUCUGGUUUCGCCAUUGUCUAAACACAAGUUCGGAUAUCGAUUUAGAAGCACUGGUCAUACUAUUGCAGCAGAGACAGAGGAUGUGCAAAACAUUGACAGAGAAAUGGUUGCUGGAGGACUCAAGGAUGGAUCAGAGGAAUUAGGAGAUUCUUGCAACGACAGUAACAGCGUAAGUGAAGGUUAUGAUACUACCAUGACACUCGACCUCGAUGAUGAAGCAGAGAAGUCAUCUGGGAAAAUUGGUUCGCCUUCUGUCUCUUCUAACAAUUUCAACCUUGAUUCUUUCGACACUAAAACAGUUAAGGAAUCAGGCAACAAAGGAAAUGACAGCUUAGAGGAUAUUCAACUACUUGAGUCGGCAUAUAAAGGCAUAGACGAUCUACAUCCUGGAUAUGAGGAUUAUGGCCAUAACAUUGUUUCAGAACUAGGCAAGAACAACUUGGAGCAUUUAGAUGCAGAAAUCGAAGAUCUAAUGCUCUACUCAAAUGAUGUGGCGCCACAUGCAUUAUUGGUUUCGCCUGAAAGGUGGAGCAGCGGCAGAGAAAAAAAACACUGCCUUGCAGAUGCUCGAUUGGGCGCGAGGAAACCAACCAUUGACAAAGAGUUUGAGCAAUAUUUUUCCAUGUUGAUGCUUUAGCAAGGAAAAACGAGAAACUUCUUCUGUUUAUCAAUAAGUAAUUAUGAUGUUGUAACUUGAACAAGAUUGCAACCAUCAUGUUGUUGUGAAUAUAUUCUAGUUAUAAUGAUGUGGGCAAAAUCUUCUGCUGCCAAGAGAGAGUAUUGAGUAUCAUCCUCGAACAAGAACAAUGUGUCCAGUAUCCCUGAAUUUGCUUGUUGCAGCAGGCAGCUCUAGGUUCUCUUGUUGUAUAACUUGUUUGUGAUGCAGACAAAGCAAGGUGGAAUAAUCAAAACUUGGAAUUUAUUUUCCUUUCA